UAAUGUUUCGCUUGUGUACAAGUAAAAAUCUUUGGACUUUGUGUGUUUUUAUUGUGGGUAUACUUCCUCUUAUCAUGGAGGGUGUAUAGAAGAGGAUGUAAUACAUAAAGUGAAGAUUUAGUUACGAUAGCUCAGAAUUGGCAAGUGAAACCAUAAAAUGUCUCUUUUACAGUCUGAGUCAAUAUUUUAUGUCUGCUUUCAGGUUCACACAUACAUAUAAUCUUUUCCAUAAAUGCUAGAUAUUAGUUUUCUUUGACUACAGAAAAUGACAUUUAUGUACUAUUAUAAGAGUUUGCCAUUUUUUCCCCCACUUCGACCUAAAAUGUUGAUUUUGUUGAAAUAUUUUUUAGCUAUUCUAGAUAAUUUAGAGAUAAAUGCUAGGGUGAGGGCCAACUAUGCUGCAAAAUAUUGACGGUGACACCCUUGCAUAAACUUCAUUAUUUAUAAGUUGCUAAGCAAUUUGUCAUUGCUUUGGAGGAAAGGGAUGACUAGUAAGUCUUAAUUUUUUGCCGUUUUUGAGGUAAAUGUGUUACUUUAAACCCAACAUCUAUCUAUACACCAUCUGACUCAAACAUGAAUUAUCAAGUAUGAAGCCAGCAGCUCUUUAUAAUCUAUUUUUGCAUCAGAGUGACUCAUUAGUAUUUCCAUGUAAUGUUAUGUUUUUACUUUCCAUAUAACCUGAGCUGGAUAAUAUCAUUCUACAGCUGUAUGUUUGAGAAGGGGUGUUAUACUGGGUACUGGUACUCGGGCAAAGUCAAUCAGGUCAGACAAAGUUUGGGAGUUCUUAGGACAUGUAAAAAGAAGUGGACCAAAAGCCUUUGAGACUCUUGUUAAUGCAUUACAUCGUGAAGGACCUAAGCAUCUUGCUAACCUACUAGAUGACAGAGAGAAUUUCACAGAUGUAAUGGAAAGGGAGUCCCCAAUGUUUCAGAUGACAACACCUGUUCAAACCACAGAAAUGCAGCAAUCAGCAGAGCAAAGUUUAAGCAAUGGAGGAAUACAAUCCAGCAAUAACAACUGGGGAUCCCAAUUCAAUAACAGGGGGUCUCAAUCAUCUGAGCUUCUGUAUCCAAAUCUUGAACAGGGUGAAGGUCAAAUGGCAGGAGUUCAAAGGUCAUCUCCCAGUGCUGGGAUUAGAGGUUUGAUGGCCAGUGCUACUAGCCUAGGUGAUGAGGAUACACUUUCCAUUGGCAGUGCAUCUGGAGACGGUGCAAACUGGUCUUCAACUUUUGAGAAAUUGAUAGAUCUAGGCUUUGAGUAUGCCUCUGUGUUUGAUGUGAUGAAGGCAUAUCCUGACAAAUCUGCAGAAUUUUACUCCCUGAAGUUACUGGAGGCACAUCAGAAAACACUGCAACAGUUUAAGGAAAACUCACAAUCCAAAGCCAUGACACCUGCAGAUGAUGAAAUGAGUAAAAGGUUGAGAGAAAUGGGAUUUACCAGAAAGCUUAUUAAAAGAUAUAUACAGAAAUACCCUGGGGAAACUUGUGAAUUCUACAUUGAUAAACUGACGAAGCAUCAACUGCCAAGAAGUUUCAGCGGGUCUUCUGAUGAAAGUGGCCCAUUUUUGCGCCCAAGUGAUUCAGGAACUGGAACCCAAAGUCCUGCGAGUUCCAUAAGCAGUAUCCCAGAGACACCUAGCAGCACCUUAUCAAACCAACGUCCCGUGAGUGACCUGUCACUGGAAGUAUUUCAAAAUACUGACCAUCCUGCAGCCAAUGAGGAUGCAUAUAACACUCUUCAAUCAGUAACCAAUGAAGAUGAGCCUUACAAAUUUCCCUCAUCAGACCCACCAAAUAUGGACAUUGAAACCACUGACCUUGACCUUGAAGAGACCUUGACCCCAACUCCUGACAAUGCAAGCCAGACAUUUGUGAAAUUUCCUGGCGAUACAAAGGGAGAAGACAUCAGUAUAGAUCAAAGCGGAAUUCAACUUGUUUCUAAUUUUUCACAAGGAGGGGAUUCGGGGAUUGUGGAUAAUUUGGAAAGCGGGUCAACGAUUCCAUCAGAAAAUGCUAAGUUAAACCUAAAUGGAGGGGUCUCAGAACUGCCCAGUAAUGGGGGAGGAGAAAAUUCAACUACAGUAACAUCAUCAUCACUGACACCAGCAACAGAACCAAAGGUUGAAGAAGAGGACUCUGUGCCCAUUUUUUCAGACGUAGAAAACAUUUACUACUUUGAAUACAAACAUUUGCAGAAGAUCACUGAAAAUUUUGCACCAAAAAACUGUAUUGCCACGGAUGAGGAAUGUGGAUUUGGGGGCGUUUUUACAGGUGUAUAUCCAUAUGAUGGUCCUCUGAAAGGGAAAGAUUUGGCAGUGAAAAGAUUGAAGCUUGGAAGCAAGCAAGGAGACCUAGAAUAUAAUAGGGAAAAGGACUUUGCCCAGAUCAACUAUGUGUACCUGUUGACCCCUCUGGGUGUGUGUGAAGUGUGUGAAGAUGGGUACCAAAAAUGCCUUGUGUAUAUCUUGAUGCCUGGCAGUGAUUUAAAGAAGAAGUUGAAGUCAAGAGAACUGAUGAACUGGAAAAUCCGUCUUAGAAUCAGUGCCCAGCUUGCCAACGCAGUGUUGUUUUUGCAGGAAGAUGGCUCAAACCGCAUAUAUCACCGCGAUAUCAAGUCAGCCAAUGUUUUCUUAGAUAGUCAGCUCAAUGCCAGACUGGGGGAUUUAGGCUUUGCGCGGCCUUAUAAGAGAAAUUAUACAUCUGACAUAUCCCAGUCCAAGACUCGUUUUUCUCUUGGCUAUCAGGACCCUGAUUAUCUAAGCCAUGGAACACCUACUGAAAAAACUGACUGCUAUGGUCUUGGAGUUGUGUUCUUAGAACUGCUGACCAAUGUGACAGCUCUGGAGGAAGAUGACAAGAGAAGACGAAUCCAUGAGAAGUGGGACCGUGAGGGGUUUCUCAAACCAACCAAGAUUAAAGGAAAACUAUCCAAAAUCAUGGAUAAACGCUUGGAAUGGCCCGUGGAUGUGGCUCAGGAAUAUGCUCAAAUCAUUGCCAACUGUCUCAGAAAAGAUCCCGAUGAUAGGUUCACAGUUCAGGAAGUCAGUGAAAGACUGAUGAAGCUUUACAAGGCCAAAUUACCAAGGAGUUCCCUGUAUGAUGCCGGGCCCUGUCGUGAUGAUAAAAUUCAGGCCAGGCAUUGCUUGUAUUGCUUGGUACAGGAUGUGGCCAUUACCCCCAUGACCUGUGGCUGUCGAUUCCUCUGUGAUGUCUGUUUGCGCCAAAGAGUGGAAGUCAAUAAACAAGUUGUAUGUGUCAAGCAUGAAAUGGAUGUCAAACCAAUCGGAGGGGACAAGGAAGGCAACAUUAAGCACCAGAUGACGGCUCUUUUCACUAAAAAUGAAGACAACAGCGAGACAAUCAGCCUUCUCAGGAAAAUCAUGGAGUAUAGCAAAUAUGUGGGGAUACUUGUUGGACCUUGUGGUGUAACAGGAAGUUGUUUUCAGCUGGGAAAGGAGUUCAUCAUGACCAAUCUACAUGUUUUAGAAAUGAUUUUUCUUAAUGUAGGAAAUGAUGUCAGAGUUCUUGGUGAUAAAACUCAGACCAAGGUGUCAUUCCAGUUUGAGGAUCUUUACAGUCAGCACAGCACUGAGUGGCUUGGACUGGAACCAGAUAUAGUUUGGUCUAAUAAAGAACUAGAUGUGGCCAUUCUCAAACUCAAAAAUGAGGUUGUCUUGGACAGCGCCCCGCGGUGGGGAGUUGCAGCAACCACAGACUAUGUGCAUAUCAUUGGACACAAUAAUGGUGACAUUAAAAAGUUAGAUUAUCGUUGCCCAUUGAAAAGCCUUGAUGAUUCUGAAACUAAAGAAAUUCUGACCAAUGGGAAAAUUGCAUUUGGUCCGGCUGCAUAUGAGGGAGUGGAGAAUCAAAAUCUGCAGCUUCUACAGACAAGUUUUAUGCAUGGAGCUUCAGGUUCACCAUGUUUCGAUAAAUUCGGUCGUCUUGUUCUCCUUUUCACGAGAGGUUACCCAAAUCUUCCCCUGUCCAGCAUGAGCCAGUUAGGGAGGACAGUUAUCGAACAGGGAGUGAAGAUGGAAUGUAUUUGUGAGACACUAGCCGCAGAAAAGGAAGACCUUGCCCAUGCUUUAUUCGAUUUUGGAAGUGGAGAUAAUUCUAUGGAGGUGGACUAAAGGAAAACUGUAAGCCAUUGAUAAUCAGAUAUGGGAGGGUUUUGUGGUGAAGUUUACCACACUCCUCUUAAACUUUUCAAUUUCGUUUCCUGAAAUAGUAACGCAAGUAGAAUGUUAGUCUUAAAUGUCAUGAUAUCAUUCCUGCCAUUUGUGCCCGAUUGAUAGCUGAUGCUUUCAUUGAAAAAUCACUGUUAGCUUAAGAACAUAUUUAUAUGGUCAUCAUGGGGAUUCUGACGUCAGAAUAAGUAGUCAACUAAAAUUAAGUGCCCCAUUUUUUAAACAAAAGAAAAUCAGUUCACCCCAUUCCACGCCACCCCACACCCUGUGCUGUCUAGAAUAGAAUUCUGGAUCCACCAAAGAUGUAAAAUUAACAUGUGAACAAUUAAUUAGUGGUGAAUAAUGUGUAAAAUACUCUUAAAUGCAGAAGACUUGUAAGCCCAUCGAUUUCAGUGCUAAAACCAGCAAAGUGGCCUUUGUAUCUAAUACUCCAUGCUGUUUCUGUCAUUGGUAAGUCAUGUUGUAGUCUCAGAGAAGUUAAGAUGUAAAAUAUCCUUUAAAUUUGCUUUUAAACUAUUCAUAAUCUACAUACAAUCAUGUUAGUAUCAAAGUAACAGUAAUUGACUGUAACUCUACUUUAAAACAAUGAAGAAUAGUCUGUGAUUAGGUGAAUUUAAGAUACAUAUCAACAUUGUAUAUUGUAGUAACUGUUAUUAUAUUCAUAAUUCUGCUUAUUUUUUCAUAUAUAUUAAAGGUAACCUCCUUGUUUGUGAAAUCAUGUUUUCAGGGUUUCUUUGGCCAAAGAUAAUUGUUGAAUUCUUAUUGGUUCUUCUGCAAGCAUUUUAUGAUAAUUUUUUUAAUUAUUCUAACAAAUUGAAAUAAAAAAAUCUAUUUAAAUUCAAAAACAAAUGUCCAGAAAGUAUCCCUCAUCAAGUGAAUUAGGUUAAAGUUUCCAAAUGCAAAAAUUUAUACAAAAUGUUAAAAUUUUUGGAAGAAAAUUGGAGUAAUUGCACAAACAACACAUGGUGGGGGAUCAUUUUGCAGGGUCAAUUUAAAGAUAUGAAAAAAAAAAACUUAAUAGUUAUUAAGUUUCAAUUGUCAAAUUUUGUAAUAAAUUUGAAGACUUGUUUAAAAAUUCAAACCAAGAUGUCAGGCUUUCGUUUUGAUCAAUGAAAUUCAGUGAUUACAUAAUUACAAUUGCUUUAAAAGAUAUUAUGACAUCAUGUUGGGACACCUUAUGAAUUUUUUAAAAAAACUUUUUUUAUACUAAAUAUUCUUUUCUCAGUUGCUUAUCUCAGUUAAUACUUAAACGAAAUUUUGACUUCAGCUAUUCCAUUAGUAACCACUUUUGAUUAAAUUUAGCAUUCAAAAUUAUGUAGUUAAUGAACUUAUUCAACACUCCCAUUAAAAUCAAAAUAUGCAUUCAAACAAGCAUUAUAUUAAAUGGAUAAUAUAUUAUGCAUGUGUUAUAUAGGAAUGUAUUUGUAUUUGUAAUAAAUGAUCAGGAGUUGAGGGUAAAUUUGAUCAGCAGUUGAGGAUAAAUUUGACAAUCUUUUCUAUAAGUUGUUCAUGGUUUCAAACACUUGUAUUGAGUAAUGUUAAAGUCGUGAUAAUCAAUUAGGAUGUAUAAAAACUCUUGUGAAUAGAGUAAAGGGACAUUUUGUUCAAAAGUGAUUAUUCAAAGUAAAGGAUUAUCAUCACUGAAAUGUUACUAAAAAUGACAAUCUUAUUUUAUGAUUCAGAUAUGUACACUUUUGUAGAUGUUGUCAAGUUAAUUGUCAUUUAAUGACAUGGUACUAUAUAAAUAAGAAUUGUUUAGUUUUAUGAUAUGUUUUAUAUCUGCUUAUUUUCAUUAUUUUAUUAUUUUUUUCUCAUACAGUUUGUCAAUUUAAUCUGUGGACCCAAGGUCUCAAAUUUAUACUUUGUAAUUAGUUAUAGAAAAAUAAACAUUGAAGUGUGA